CUCUUCAUUCUGUCAUAUCACUGUUAAGUUAAAACAAGUCAUAUUUAAUAUAUUCCAGUGCUAUUUUUUCAUCAUUCAAUUUAUUAUUAUUAUUAUUAUUUUAUUAGUUUUUUGUCAUUGUGAUAAGUAUUGUAAUAAACUAAAUUAUCAGUGACUAAAAAAUAAUAAUAAUUCAAGUGGUUAUCAGCAGAGGGAUGAAGGAAUGCUUACUGCCCAUUUUAUUUGUUCUAAUUACAUUUUCAACUCCAGGAGAAACCGACGUCGUCUCUUUCGCCACAGUAAAGACAUGGGCGCACAAACUUGGCUUCGAGCUUUCACAGCUGGGAAAAUACGUGACGAAUGUUCAAAAAUUCGAAGAAAGCUACAAGCAGGCUGACGUUAAAGCACAUGAUGGCAGUGCUCUUGUCCAUGAGAUUGCCAAAGAUAUCAAAGAAAUGAUGGAAUCAAAAAUAUCAGCUAUCAAAAGGAUAAUGGACAUAGCAGAAACAUCAGCACUGUCAUCAAAAGACGAGAUACCUGGUCAAGAAUUUCAGUAUGUAAACGCAAAAAAUAAUAAUAUUGAGUUUGACUUCAGUCGGCACUUUGGUGGUGAAGUGAACGUCAGUAAAUCAGCGGUACAUGUACCGACAAAUGUUUAUGAUCGUGCACCAGAUGUCAUUAAGGCGAUAAAGUGGUCUGAGGAAUUAGAUCAAACGUUUAUAAAUAAUUAUGAACAUGAUCCAUCAUUGUCGUGGCAAUACUUUGGUAGUGCUACGGGUUUUAUGCGACAAUAUCCAGCAACAACGUGGAAUCCAAAGCCAGUCGAUCUGUUUGAUUGUAGAACACGUGGUUGGUAUAUUGAAGCUGCGACAAGUCCGAAAGAUAUAUUAAUUCUGGUUGAUGUGUCGGGUAGCAUGACAGGAAUGCGUAAAGAAAUAGCACGACAUGUCGUAAACAAUAUCCUGGAUACACUUGGAAACAAUGAUUUUGUUAACAUAAUAUUGUUUUCCAAUGAAACUCAUGAGGUAGUUCCCUGUUUUAAUGAUACUCUUGUACAAGCAAACUUGGCAAAUGUUCGUGAAUUAAAAGAGGCAAUAUCUACUAUUAAAACUGAUAGGAUUGCUAAUUUUUCACUGGUAUUAAACCAAUCGUUCAGAUUACUCGAGCGUUUUCGUUUGAAUAAAGAAGGUGCUGCAUGUAAUCAAGCGAUAAUGCUUAUCACCGAUGGAGUACCAUAUAAUUUCAAGGAAAUAUUUCAAGAGUGGAAUUGGAACAAUACUGAUGAACCAGACAAAACUGAUAUGCCUGUUAGAGUUUUCACUUAUCUAAUAGGGAGAGAAGUUACUGAUGUCAGAGAAGUUAAGUGGAUGGCAUGUGCUAAUCGGGGUUACUAUGUACAUUUAUCGACUUAUGCUGAAGUCAGAGAACAGGUAUUGAAUUAUGUACCGGUAAUGGCAAGACCUUUAGUACUAGGAAAAACAGAUCAUCCAACAAUAUGGACACCAGUAUAUGCAGAUAUAACAGAUCCGAAAAUGACAGACUGGCUUUGGGAGCAAAUAGAAUGCGAAAAACAGAAAGAAUUAUUUCUGGCUUAUCGUAGAGACAGAAAAUUAUUCAACUCUAAAGAUCAGAAGGAUCGACGAUUUGUUCAUAAACCUAAAAAACAACAUCACAGUCAUAAUGAUCCUGAUUUACAGGAGUAUCAAUUAAUGACAUCUGUCAGUAUGCCUGUGUACGAUCGACGGGAAAACGCGAAUAUCACCGAGCUAGUGCUGAUAAAGGAAGCCUACUGGAUCCCUCAGACAAGAGAGACUAGAAUUGCUGAUUUACUUGGAGUCGCUGGGACGGAUGUGCCGAUACAAGAAAUACAGAAACUCAUGAUGCCACAUAUGUUGGGCGUUAAUGGAUUUGCUUUUAUCGUAACUAACAAUGGUUACGUUCUCAUUCAUCCUGAUCUCAGGCCAGUGUUUCAAGGUAUACUGAAACCAUCAUACAAUGCUGUCGAUAUGGCCGAAGUUGAGUUAAUGGACUCGGGUAAAGGUCCACGUGAAUUUGAUGAGGGAAUAUUAACCUUCCGAGACGAAGUUAUCGAUCAGUUAAAUGGUAGUGUAGUACUCCAUACCAAGUAUCACUAUGACGAUAUGAAACGAGUUGGUAGAGUAAAAAGAAAAUAUGAUUACACUGCUAUUGAUAAUACGCCCUUUACACUAGUGGUUUCUUUGCCAGAACACGGUCACGGCAGUUAUCGUGUUCAUGCCACUGAGGAAAUACAUCGCGCUCACGUUAAUGGACAAAAUGCGACAGAUUAUUUUGCUGACAGCAACUGGCGGGUACAUCCAGAUUGGAUUUAUUGCAAAUAUCAUUAUGAAGAUGCACAUAAAGAUAAAUAUAAUUCAUCUGAACAAUUACUUGUGCAUUUUUUGACACGGACCCGUCAGCCGGGUUGGUUUUGGAGCGACAGAAAGCUGCCGUCUCAACCACCGGAAUAUUCUGUCUCUGGUUCGGCUAGUUCAGGAUCACAUUCGAAUCCAAAUACUUCAGAUAAAAAUUCAUACUACUGUGACAGAGUACUUUUACAAAGUCUGGUUCACGAUGCUAAGGUAACCGAAUGGUUUGCAAACAUCAACCAGACUCGCGAAGAAAAAGGACCUUUAGCUAGGCUGAUGAACCUCCUGCCCAGGAAACAAUUUCAACAACGUUUUGGGUUUACACUUGCAUUUAUGGCAACACACAGUGGGUUGACAAGGUGGCAAGAUUUUCCGUUAGAUGAUUUACAAGAAUCAAUACCAGCGGAAGAUCAUUUUAGUAGAUUAUAUCCACGGGCUAUUGAUGAAAUUUGGUAUAAACGUGCUGUUGAGCAGUAUUACGUUCAACCAGAUAGCUUUGUAUUCUCAGUCCCACUUGAUGAAGAAGGAGCUGAUAAUACAACACUCGUUACUGCUAGUCGAGCUAUUUUUAUAGGUGAAGGAAAUGCUAAGGCACCGGCAGCAGUAGUUGGGUUUCAAUUUCAGCAUACAGCUCUUCGAAAACUGUUCCACAAUAUAACGUCUACCUGCGAUAAAGCAAUCAAUUGCCCUCGUAAUUGUAAUGACAGCAGUCUAGCUUGUUACCUGAUUGAUAAUAACGGAUACAUUAUCGCUGCGAAACAAGAAUCAGACGCUGGUAAAUUUUUCGGUCAAGUCAGAGGUCCUGUGAUGAAUAGUUUAGUCGACGAAGGUAUUUUUAGUAAAAUUAGAAUAUUCGAUUACCAAGGGGUCUGUUUUAAAAAUAUUCACCAUCCUAAUUCCGGUAGUUUAAUUUUUACGCCAUUUAAGAAUAUACAGAAAGCCGCUAGCUGGCUUUUAGCUCAAUUAGUAUGGACAUGGGCUAAAGUAGGAUUCUGGCAAUCUGAUUACGCAUAUGGACAUACAUUCGAUUAUGAAAAUGAAGAAGACGGUCACAAUGAUUACGAAGAUAAUGACGACCGGACCUCUGAAGAAAAAGGGGAGAAAGCGUACGACCGUGUGAUUAUAAAUAGAACUAAACCACAGUCUUGUGACCAAGAAGUUUACCUCUAUUUAUUAAAAAAUAGUUCAACAAAAGUAUAUGACGUUGAUUUAGAUACAAGUAAAGAAUGCAGUCGGCCGUACGUCGUCCAACCUGUUGAUUUUAGUAAUAUGUUAUUAAUAGUUGUUGAUUUAAAUUGUCCAAAUACAGCAGAGCCGUACAUCGAUGUGGAACCUGCUGAAAUUAUUUACUUCAACACCACACUGGUUUGCCAAAAAGGUUUUACAAAUCUCAAGCGACGGAGGCCGUCGUCUUGCAUCAGAAAUCAUCCGCGGGAAAGUGAGAUAAAAGAUCGGUGUGGUCUCGCAUCGACGAUAGGACCCAACGCGGGUCUUCUUUUAAUACUCAUUAUUUCGGUAUUUACCAUCACAAGACUAAUACGUAAUUAAACAUUUUUAUUUAUUAUUAUAAUAUAGUAUAAGUAUACAUAAAUAAAAAAUUAAAUUUAUAAUUCUCCAUAAACGGUUCAGAGCCGAUGUCAAAUUAGUAAUUUUUGAUAUGAUAAAAUUACAUUUUAUUGAACUUGUAUUUAUUGCGUCGAUCGCGAAAAAUAGCCGCUAAAUUUAGGUCCGAAUGCUUUUUAAAUAAAAAAAAACAGAGAAAAAUUAAAAAAAAAAUUAACGUCACGGUUUAAAUAAUUUUAUGAUGUACAGCGUAAAUUAUAAGUAUUCUAUAGUAUAAAAUUAAAAAAUUGUUGCACGUAUUAUGUAAAAAAAAAAGAA